UCACCUCCACCCCACAUCCUCAGUUCGUCGUCCACCGCCACUCACGCCGCACCACACCCCUCUGCUCAUCCACUACUCCCUCAGGCAACGCUCCGAACCUUGAAACCUCGCGCUGCUCGAAGCACCUGUUUCGACUGUUGUUUGAGUUUCACAAGCGCAUCCCACUCCGCGCAGAUCAGUUUUAGCAAAGGAAGCGGAGGUGGAGAGACACGUCCGUGAGAAUAAUUACAUUUACACGUUACAUCAGACUUCUUCUUCCCGCCCAUCCCGCCCACGUGCUUCCCGCGGCGUGGUGACCAGCGCCCGGCGGGAUGAAGGGCGCGGGGAACCUCCUGGCGGCGACAGUGGUAGUGGUAUUAGUGUCCUCUUUGGUGGUGGGGAAAGCCGGAGAGGAGACGCCGAGCCAGGAUAAGAAUUCCACUUUUCCAGUCAGAUUUCCCAAUUUCUCCCAUUCAGUUCCCAAGAAGAAGGUUGAGCCACGCGGGAAGCGGCAGACUGAAGGGAUCGCACCAGGCAUUUGUGACUUCGGCAGUGCGGGGGCGUCCACUUGGUGUUCCUGGAGCUCCCCGGGGCCCGACGCUGCCUCCAGGGUGGAGAAUGAAGGUGCCCCUGAGGCCUGGACACUCUCCACAGGAAUUAACUCGCUGUGGGUUGGCGGGCCUUUUAACGACACCACUGGCGAUGACAGGGGAGGAUAUGCCUUCCACGAAACCUCCAGCACGCCCUCUAAACUGGCACCACUUGCCGUGAUGGAGUCUGAGAUGCAAGGACCAACAGGUCCUAAUGGGAAAUGCCUCAAAUUCUGGUACUUCCUGGAUGGACUAAGUGCAAGCGAGCUUCGUGUUAAAGUUCGCAAAAGAGGAGAAGGUAAAGCUGUCACCAUCUGGAAGACCAACGACCUCACACGUGGGGACUGGCGGGAGGCCCAGGCCCUUUACACCUUCACCGACAAUCACACGAUAAUGGUGGAGGCUGUUCCUGCCGGUGCAGGGGACCCCUUCAACAUUUUCCGAGGGCACAUUGCUGUGGAUGAUUUGGGGACACGGCCUGGACAGGAGUGCAUCGGCUUGUGUUCUUUUGAAGGCGGCAUGUGUGACUGGAAUAACGUCCGUACUGAUGACUUUGACUGGAUGCUGGGUCGUGGCACUCAGAACCCAAUCACAGGGCCACCAAGGGACCGCAGUAGUUCUCAAGGGGAGGCCCUAGGAGGGGCCUAUGUGUUCUUAGACUCAUCCUUUCCACGCAGACCUGGGGAUGUGGGCAGACUGGAAAGCAUUGAAUUUCAGGCAACAGACCCCAACAAUCCUCCCUGCAUGAGGUUCUACACGUAUAUGGCAGGACGAGGUGUGGGUCGCCUUCGAGUGUUGCUUGAGGAUGUAGUCACACGGAAGCAGCAAAUCAUGUGGGCACUGCAGGGCCACCAAGGCACACGGUGGGUCCAGGGCCAGCUGCCACUUUCCUCCGGCACCCCCUUCAAGGUGGUGUUUGAGGGGACAGUUGGCAAACCACGCCUUGGGGACAUUGCACUAGAUGACAUCACCAUUGUCUCUGGACCCUGUGCCACCCUGCCCCCUGCUGCCAUGCCACCUGCCUCUGGAGACUGUACUUUUGAGGAAGACACGUGUGGCUGGAGCAAUCCUGGUACCAACCAGCGUGUGGAUAACCUGCAGUUCCUGAGGGUGAGGGCAGCAGAGUUUGCUUUCCCAACAACAGACCACAGCACAGGGUCCCGACAAGGUUUUUACAUGAAGCUGGAAAGCCCUGCCAGGAAACAAGAGGGUGACCAUGCAUGGCUGCUUUCUCCUAUCAUGCAGGGUGAUGGGCAGGCCAAGUGUCUUUCCUUCUGGUACUUGAUGUUUGAGCCCCUAGGGGAGGUGGAGCCCAAUCUGGGAUCCCUGAGUGCCUUCAUGCUACGAGAGGGAUCAUCUGGUGCAUUGAUCCUCACACCUGUCUGGACACUCCACAAUUUCCAGGGACUAACAUGGUUCUUUGCACAGACUCCACUCAGGGCAGAGGGAGACUUUCAGGUGGUGAUAGAGGCAGUGUGGGGUGCCUCCAAUAGCUCUGGUAUGCUGGCUAUAGAUGACAUCAGUGUCUUUGAUGGAAACUGUCGCACUGUGCCCGAGGCUGCUGUAGUGCGAGCUGGAGAUUGUACUUUCACUCGAGGCUCCUGUGGCUGGACAAAUCUCACUUCAGAUCGAGAUUUUACUUGGACGCUUGCUUCUGCUGUGCGGCGCCCUCUUAACAUGCAUGACCACACUUAUGGUGCCCCAGCUGGCUACAUCUACUUUGAUGUGUUCAACCUUGGAGGACGAACUCAGCGGCUCCAGCUUGUGUCACCUGUUGUGGAGCCGAUGCCAGAUCGCUCUCCACUGUGCUUCACAUUCUGGUUUGCUGGUUUUGGAGCAGAUCCAAACACUAGCCUCAGUAUUUACUUGCGACCUUCCCAGCUACGUUCCUUCCCAGAACAACUUCUGACAGAUCUGUCAAGUGACAUCCGGGUAUGGAGUCACAUCUUGGGAGACCCAGUAGGAUGGAUAUUUGGGCAGGUGCAGCUGCUAGCCAGCACUCGCUUCCAGGUGGUCUUUGAGGGAGUCUCCUUCAAUGGAGGCUUCACGCUGGAUGACUUCAAGGUGUAUGCUGGAACUUGUACAAAAAGACCACGAGAUUCCAGUCUCUCUUUCUCUCAUUCCUGAAGAGGUGCGUCCCUUUCCUCUUGGCUAAGUAUGACAUGAUAGCCAAAGGACCAGAAUGGAACACUGAAAGGAAGGAGGACCUAACAAGCAAUAUAAAGCAGAAGAGGUCACAAGAAAAAGAAAAAAAGGUACCAGAACAAGUCCAGCUGUCAUGUUGAGAGGAGGUUAGCGUGUUUUUUUUUUUUUUGUAGUAUUUAUACAAGCUAUUUCAGUGGUCGCACAUAAAUACUAUAACAUUCUUGUACCAUUUUAUGUAUAUGGUACAUAAAAUACAUCCUCAUUAUUUUGUUAAGCAGAUGAGCCAAUCAGACUUCUGGUGACUCCUGGUUUAACUUCAAGUAAAACUCUGUUCACCUCAAACUAAAGAUGCACCAAGUACUGGUGGUGGUGAUGGUGAUGAUUAAGGUGAUGGUGAGGGGAGGUGGCAUACCUUAUUUAUUUAUUAUGUAUCUGUUUAUUUUUAUUUAUUCUUUAUUUUUUUAUGAUGGUGGUGGUGGUGAUAGUGAUGAGGGCUUCCCUGAUCCUGGCAACUUGUGUCACCUUUUUAGCCUCUCAACAUUUAAAUAGCUGACAAAUAUCUCUUCAUACAGUACCACAAAAUAUUCUGGCCUAAUUUUCGAGAUAUGGAUUUUGUAACAAUAUCUAAACUUGAUUGUGUUUCCUGGAUGUUCUCUUCAUUUGUCGAGCAGAAAAAUCGUAUGUCAGAAAAAGAAGAUGUAAAUAUAUAUGUAUAUUAUGGGAGCAUGUGACUGCUUACUUUGUGAAGGCUUUGGCCAGUGUCUAGUCCUAGAAAUGUUUUUUAGUUGAUGUGUGUUGAUGUUCAUGUGUCUUAUGCUGUUAUGGAAUGCUAUCAGAAUGGUGUGUUGGUUGUGUUUGUGAGAUAGAUGGAAUAUUUCCCCACAGAAGAGGAUGAAUGUGAUGUGCAGAUGGUGGGGUACAGGGUCCUAGGUGGAGAAAGGAGGGCCUGGACUCUGCCAGACAACCCUCUGUCCGUCCACCACUGCCUCACUCUGGGAAUAGUUCCCCUCAGGAAGGUGUGGAGGAAGUGGUACACUACACCACAUCCCUUCUCAGAGCCAGAGGAGGAGGAGGACAUACCAUGCAACUUGCUGCCACUCUUCUGCAAGGUGUCUCCUGUCAGGCAUUGAGUCAAAUGUCUCUGCUUGGUGGCUGUGGUACAUUUAUUGUUGAGUACAGACGUGUUACAACUCUGUUGAUCAAGUCAUUAAUGGGUAAUUUAACUCAAUUUUCCAUAUUUAAAAAAAUUCCAGAAUAGCCAAUGAUUGCAAAUUAUUUACCUUUGUAAUUGUUUACUUUUCACCAGUUUUCAGAUACAGCAACAUUUCCAUCAGAGGUGUGCAGUGGAACACCAUUC